AUGAUCCUAGAGAAUGAUACUUUUGUGAGCCCUGGGUAUGGCUUGGCGUUUAACUCUUCGUUUACUCCCUCCCAUAUAAAGUAUCUACAGAAUGAAACCAAGGCUCUCUUUGUACAUGGUUGGAAUGGAUAUAUGAAACAUGGGUUCCCUCUGGAUGAAGUUAGACCUCUACUGUGUGAACCAUAUGGACCUGAUUAUGAUGAUAUCUACGACAUUAUAAGGAAUGAUGCCAUGGGGAACACUACACUGAUGAUCUUGGAUAAUAUUGAUUCACUUAUAAUCUUUGAGCAAUGGGAUCAUCUUAAAUUCGCUUUGCAGUUUCUAAAAGACGAACAGCACACUCUAUUUGAGAAAGACACCAUAGUUCAGGUAUUUGAAACCACUAUAAGGGCAUUGGGGGGUCUUUUAUCGGCGCAUUUGCUUCUAUCAGAUGUUGUUGAUAGUCGUGGUGGUAGAGGUAGUAUACCGUCAAAGUAUAUACCCUUAAAAGAAAUAGUUGAUGAUUAUGAUGGGUUCCUAUUAGAAAUGGCAUAUGAUUUGGGUCUCAAAUUACUUCCAGCUUUUAAAACUCAAUCUUCGAUUCCUUUACCUCGUAUUAAUCUUUUACAUGGUUUACAAGGUGUCCCCUCAGAUCUUCAAGAUGAAAAUUGUUUAGCAGGUGCUACGUCUCCAGUGCUUGAAUUCACAUUGCUAUCGAAACUAACAGGUGACUCCCAGUUUGAAAAGUUUUCCCAAACAACAUUCUGGAAGAUAUGGAAUGGCAAACUGGUUUUGGGUUUACUCCCCAUGACAAUUAAUCCAUUAGAAAAUACCUGGAAGGAUUCUGUAACGGGGAUUGGAGCCUCUGGAGAUUCCUUCUAUGAAUAUGCUGCUAAGUCAGCUAUCAUAUUCAACGACGAUGCAAUGUGGGACGUGUUCACGGCUUCAUAUAGAUCAUUAUUGCAUUUUCUGGCUGAAGGAAGAUCAGGCACUGUUGGAUCAGGAGGAAUGAUUUUCCCCAACGUUCAUGUAUCUGAAGGAAGUCGAGCUAAUAAUUAUAUUGAUCUGUUGAGUGCAUUUUGGAGUGGUCUUCAAGUAUUAACAGGACAAUUAAGCGAUGCUAUAAAUACCCAUCUUCUAUAUUUGAAGAUCUGGAACACUUUUGAUCUGAUACCUGAAAGAUGGCAACUAGUUCCAACACAAAACAGCGAUGCCGAUUCAGAGAUCGAUAAGUUAAUUGCGGCAGUCUCAUUAGAAUGGUAUCCACUUCGACCAGAAUUUAUUGAGUCAACUUAUUACUUGUACAGAGCCACCAGAGAUCCCAUGUAUCUACAAAUUGGUGAAAGGGUUCUCAAUUUGUUGCGAGAUAGAUAUAAGGCACCAUGCGGGUUUCAUGGUCUUCAAGACGUCAGAACCGGAGAAAGAAAUGACCGGAUGGAAACGUUUGUCCUUGGAGAAACAUUAAAGUACUUGUAUUUAUUAUUUGAUGUUGAUAAUGAGAUAUUCCUUCAUUCUGAUUUGAUGAAAUCGAAAAAUUGGGUAUUUUCGACAGAAGCACAUCCACUUUGGCUUAGUGAAAGCAGCUUACUUCGAUCAUUUUCUUCCAGAAAUAAUUCCAAAACUAAAGGUGAUUAUCGUGUUCCUUCAAAGAAACGACUUGGUGGUAUAUUUGCAUUUCUCAAAGGGAACUCCAAACAACUACCCUCAGAUAAUGCUUCGUUGUUUUAUAAGAAAACACUGUUACCCAAUAUAUCGUAUACUGAUAUUUUAGAUUUAGAGCCUUCCCUUACAAAGAAAGAUGCUUUUAAAGAUCGAUUUUAUUAUUGUGAGUUAAACCCCUUUGCAAAGUAUCAAGAAAAUCAACGGUUCAUGACUUCAGGAUUUUAUCAUUGGCAAGGGAUGUUUGCAGCUGAUGCGCAAUAUAAUGAGACGUUAAUACGUCCUUCUUAUUUACCUAAAGAUGAUAAUCAGAUUGAAAUUACUAAUUCAUUUAUCAAUAUUUACGGGUUGAUUGGUGGUAAUGAAUAUAACCAAAACUCGCUUGGCCAGUGCCCUCAUCCACCCACAACUCAGCUUACAGAUAUAUUUAUGGGAGAUCGGACUUUAGGACCUCUGUUGGAGAUUUCCAAAGUUUCAAAGUUAAGAGAUCAUCAUUAUGUUGAAGGUGAUCACAUGAGACCAAACGAUUUAUGGGUGCCUGAAAUUGGAGGAGUUAGAGCUCUAUUAGAGGAACUAAGAGUUGGAACUUAUGAUUCUAUGUUCAAUUUCAUUUCCAAGCAGUAUAUGGAUGAAAUAUUUAAUUAUCCUCGCUUAUCAAGACGAAAGGAGAAAGUAUUGAGAGUUAUACGUAUAAAUGGGGUUCAAGUUUCUAAAAAAGCAAUAAUUUGGACUCGUCCAUUCAAAACCCCAGUUGUUGAUCCUCAGUCUCAAACAGUUCUUUUGGACGUUAAUGUUAAGAAUCAAAUAAUUUUGGAUGGUGUUGUAAUAGAGAACUGGCUUUUUUGGAAGGGUGGUAAUACUACUCGCAUCAACUUUCCUAAUUAA